UAUUAUAAUUACAUUAUGGAAGCCCUCAUUUUCUUUUUUAUUUUUCUACUAACUCUUACCUUUGUCAAGUGGUAUUUAAAAAGAAGAGAAAACUUUCGUCGUUUUGAGAAACUUGGCAUUCCAGGACCUAAACCGUCCUUCUUGUUUGGAAAUUGCUUCGACCUGAUCCGUUUGGGGAAAAAAUUCGAAGUCGAUUGGUUUCUGAAAUAUGGACCAAUUUAUGGAUAUUUCUUUGGCACAACCCCAAUUGUUGUAGUUCUCAAUCCGGAAUUUUUGAAAAUAAUUGAAGUGAAAAAAGCACAGAUUUUUCACAGGAGAAAUUCAGUGAUACCGAAUGCUGCAGUACCAAAUCCAGUAUUUAAAUUCAGCACAAGUGUAAAUUCAGGGCCAAUUUGGAAGGAAGCUCGAGAUAUGAUCACACCAACUUUUACUACUAGCAAACUGAAAACUAUGACAAAUGCCAUAAACCAAACCAUUGAAGAAAAUUGGAAAGAAAUGAAAGAAAUUAUUGAAAAUAAAGAAACAUUAGAUGUGAAAGAGAUUUUCUCCACUACUGUAGCCGAUAUAACUUUCAAGACAUUGUUCGGUAUAAAGAUUAACGAGAAGAAAAGAGUUGUUCAAUCUCUGAAUUAUGCAUUCGAUACGAAUUUAAUAAAUCCCAUCAAUUUCAUUUCUUUAUGUUUACCAGAAGUGAUGAACGUGUUUUAUUAUAUUCGAGUCUGGUAUCACACAGUGAAGUACUACUUAUCAUCUCCUUCUAUGUUGGAUAUAUAUAAUAUGUGUCAAGAUGCUAUUUCUGCUAGACUAUCUGUAUAUAAGAGUAAUUAUAUAGACCUUUUGCAACAUAUGAUCGACCCUAUUUUUAAAAAAAAGAAAGUUAUAUUUUCUCAAGAGACCGAAAAUUCAGAAUCAAAAACUGAAAAAUCACUUCUAACUGAAAUAGACUGCAUCUCAAAUAGUUUCUAUGCUGCUGUUACUGCAUACGAUACAAUUCGUAAUCCCGUGAUAUUUGCCACUUAUUAUAUUGCCAAGUAUCCAGAGAUACAAGAAAGAAUUAGAGAAGAAAUAUCACAAUAUAAUAAUAAAGAGGAAACUAUUGACUACUCCACGUUAUCCAAACUGAAAUAUUUAGAUCAAGUAUUCUGUGAAACAUUAAGAAUGUUUCCACCUGCUCCAAACUUUAUUAAUAGAGUGGCAGAAGAAGAUUAUGUAUAUAAGAAUAUUUUAAUUCCCAAAAAUAUGACUAUUAUUGUACCUCAAUAUGGUUUGCACAGAAAUCCUGUAUAUUGGACAGAUCCUGAUGAAUUUAAACCUGAAAGAUUUGAAGAUAAAUCAAACAUCAAUCCUUAUAUAUAUCAACCUUUUGGAAUAGGCCCAAGACAUUGUUCGGGAAUGAGGCUAGGCCAAUUAAUUGUAAAGCUAAUUUUGGCCAAUCUUGUGAAAAGUUUUAAAUUCAGUCUUUGCCCAGAAACUAAUAAGCUUGAACCUUCAUUUGAUUUUGUGGUAACACAUUCAAAGCAUCCUGUUUAUAUUAAAGCUACUCCUAAUUGAAGAUAAUCGAAAUUAUUAACUUUGUUUAAACUUUAUUUAAAUUGUUUGUUUGUUUUAUUAUCCAAAUGAAAUAAAAACAGUUAUUACUUAAGGAAAUUUAAAAUACUGUAUGACUAUCACAGCAAAACAAUAUUGUGAUUAAAUCUUAAAAAAUUUAUAAAAUGUUUCUCUUGUUUGAAAAUAAACGUAA